AUGGCUGAGCUGUCAGUGUCAGACAUGGGGCUGGGGAUGGAUCCUGAACGAACACCAGAAGGAGCCAGUGAUCUCCAGGCCAUUGAUGACAGUUUGUGGCAAAAGGUGGAGGAGGAGCGUGGCCAGCGGUCUUGGGACCGCUACAACAACCUGCGCAUCAUGCGGGAGGGCAAGGAGGCUGCUAGGGAACUCCGGCCUGCAAGGGCAUCACUUCGUGCACCCAGGGAGGUCCCAGACUCCGACCAUGAACAUGAGGCCAGGGAGGCCAAAAAACUACAUGGCUCUGGGGAUCGGGAAGGCCUGGAUCAGGAGGAUCUCUGGCAGAAGGCAGAGGCAGAACUUCAGAGACGACGAUCGCAGGCAGCCAGCCGAGGGCUCCGUGUCUAUGACAUGACAAGGACCAGAGAGGGAAAGGGCCUCGAGAGGUCUGACGUUUACCCCUCAAAAACCGUUCAGAGCUCUUGGCAGGGCACCUUGCAACAGAUGGAAGAUGGCAGGCAACACAAAGUAUUCCUGUCACGACGGAACCUGGACGAUGUAGCUUUGCAGCAUUGGUGCCGUUGGGCACGGCCCCGUCUUGCUCGCCUCCCGCCCAGCGCAGUGGUAAGCAUCAUCGACAUUGGCUUCAACAAGAUAACAGGUCAGGGGCUACAGCUGCUCUUAGACAUGCUGAUGGAACUGCAGGUUCCCGUAGAGGCCUUAAGUGCCCAUCACAACUCGCUAGGUGAUGAGGCAGCUGAUGCUCUGGCCCAGUAUCUACAGCUCUCCCCACACACAUUGUUAGAGCUCAGCCUGACGAACAAUCACAUAGGAGAGCCCGGAGCAAGAAGUUUACUCGAAGCCGCUGUGCGGGCCAUGCAGAGCCCCCUUGAGUUGGAGCAGUCGGGUACCAAUGCAGUUCGAUAUCCUGCCUUGAGGCAUAGCAAGAAGGUCCCCUUGUGGCUCCGCCUAGGCUACAACCGUAUCGGGGAUGGCAGGCCAGGCUUCAUCCGGAACUUUAUUCGGAGGACAGAGGCAGAUCUCCAAAAGAUCCGGCAAAAUCUUGGAACUGCCUCAGAAACCCAGGAGGAGGAUCCCUGGGCUAAUUUUGUGGGCCUCCGCGCAGGCGGCACGCACGUGCCGGAUAGCUCUGCCCAUCUAUUCUGCGAAGCUCUCUCAGGCUUAGGCUGCGAUCAGAAGUGUUGCACCCAGCUGUAUCCAGAAGUGAACGGCUUCCCUGCUGGUCCCGCUGUGCACCUCUUUCAGCUGGACCAGCAGCUGGACAGAGACUGCUCCCACACCUGGCAAGGGCAUCCACCCCAGCGUCGUCGACACGAGGACGGGAAGGGCGACAAGGGCACUGGAAAGAGCGGGCGAUCCAAGGGCAAGUCCAAGGGUGGAUCCAGGGUGUCCAAAUCCGGUCUCGAUGAAGGGCGCUACCGCGAGCUGCGAGGUCUCUUUGACUCGACACCUGCCGCACAAGGUCUUUCAGCAGGGGAGAAGCCAGGGAGUCCGAACUCCAAACGAACCAGGGGAUCUCUGGCCUUUGUCACCCGGGACGUGCUUGAACCUGAGGGUCUGGGAGCAGAGGUCUCCUUGUUUCCCUUGCGCUCCGGCGAUGCAGUGCGGGUCCUAUACCAAGGAUCCGAAGAUCUGGGUGAUUGUGGCUACUUGUUCGCCUCCUUCAAUGGAAGGGAAGGCUGGAUUCCAGCGACAGCCGUAUCCGGAAAUUGGAAAGGCAAGAUCUGA